AUGAAGUCCCCUUCAUCUGUCCGGGGUGGCCAGUCCUUCUGGGAGAGGAUCCCUCACAAGAUGACUUCCCAGGUCGCGCUCCGAGGCGGCUCUUUGCGGACCCCACAGAGAUGCCUUCUGGGCUCCUGGGGCCAGCGGGGAGGGGCAGUGGAGCGCCGACGUGACGGCUGCAGGGAGCCAGGGCGGCCACGCACCGUCUGCAGUCAGGAAGUCCCAGGCGGCGUGCAAGGCGGUUGCGGCGUCCGGGCCGCCGGCCUGCGGAGUGCGCGGGUUGGGCUGGGGGCUGUCCCUGGAGCGCCGGGUGGCUCUGGGUCCCGCACACCCACUUGCUGGCGGGGGGGUGGCGCAGACAUAGGCCACCCCGAGGGUGGUCCCCCCGAGGGCGCUCCUCACGGGUGGUCCAGGCUAGCUCGGACCUGGCAGUGGGGGAGUGGCGCAGAGCUGCAUGGAAAGGCGCGGGGCGCAUGCGUGGCGAAGGAACUCAGCUGCCUGACACGCCCGCAAGUAGCACGGACCUGCUCCGGCCUCGGCCUCGGCCUCUGCGGACCAAACGCGGAGCGAGGCGUGAACGCCGGGCGGGGGCGUGGCGUCCGGCCAGAGGCACUCUCUGGGCUGGGCGGAAGCGCGACUGACUGUGGCCUUGGGCAGGCGGUGGCUGCAACGAGGAGGAGCUGGGGUUGCAGUGGGUUGCGGCGCCGAGCCCGGACGGAAGCGCCGAGGGGCCGGGGUCGCCAAGGGCUGCUGCGGCCCUUCCCGGAGGCCAGUGCUGGGCACGCGAGGCGCUGGCUCAGGCGCACCCAGUGGCCGCAGCUGCAGCGGGAGGAGCGCGGCGGCGCGGGGUCCUCGGAGACAGCGUUUGUCCGAGAAGCCUUCCUGGGGCGGUGGGUGGGAAGUGGGGGCCGGAGCUGCAGCGGGAGGCGUCCUGUCUCCUCAGGUCGGCACCAUGCCCCUGCAGCCCUGAGCGGGGCCCUGCUGGGCUGCCUCUGCCUGGCAUUGCUUUUCCUGGGCGGUGCGGACAAGCGCCUGCGUGAUAACCAUGAGUGGAAAACUAUGGUCCAGCACUGGCCUGAGACAGUAUGCGAGACAGUUGAAAACGACUGUAGAGACCCUCCGGAUUACUGGACAAUACAUGGACUAUGGCCCGAUAAAAGUGAAGGAUGUAAUGGAUCGUGGCACUUUAAUUUAGAAGAGAUUAAGGAUCUUUUGCCGGAAAUGAAGGCAUUGUGGCCUGAUGUAAUUCACUCGUUUCCCAAUCGUAGCCACUUCUGGAAGCAUGAGUGGGAGAAGCAUGGGACCUCUGCUGCCGUGGUGGACGCACUCAACUCCCAGAAGUACUUUAGCAGAAGCCGGGAACUCUACAGGGAGCUGGACAGCAACAGUGUGCUCCUAAAACUGCGGCUAAAACCAUCCGUCAAUUACUACCAAGUUGCAGAUUUUAAAGAUGCCCUUGUCAGAGUGUAUGGAGUGAUACCCAAAAUCCAGUGCCUUCCGCGAAGCCAGGAUGGGGAAGUACAGACAAUUGGUCAGACAGAACUUUGCCUCACUGAGCAAGGCCAGUAGCUGCAAAACUGCACCGAGCAGUGCAGGUUGGGGGGGUGGGGGGUGGGGUAGUGGCGGGAAAGCAGCCAUCCCCCAAGUAGGAAGUUUGGCUGGCGGAUGGGGCUGCCAAGAGCCGGGGUCUGAGGGUAUGUGAAGAUGGCCCAGUCUUUUAUCCCCCACCUAAAAAAAAACAAGCAUUGAUGCCCAAGUUUGGGAAAUAUUCUGUUUUAAAAAGCAAGAGAAAUUCACUUUCUGCAGCUUUCUAAAAAACAACAAAACAAAACAAACACAAAAAAACUGCAAUUACUUUUGCACCAACCUAACAGUAUAUCCUAUAGAUAUGUCAGCUAUA